GGAGGUAAUUGUGAUUAGAAUGAGUACGCGUGCAGUGGGGAGGGGAAGUGGUCCUGCUUACAACAAAAAAAGCUUUUCUUCACCAUCACCCCCCCACUCCGCCCCACUCCCAUUAUCUCCUGUAACUGGGAGAUGCUGCUUCCCUCCUUCACUCCUCUUUCCUUUCCUGUCCCCGGUUUGAUUGUUCUAGCGAAGAAACGGACGUUGUCCUUCUUCCUUUGGGUGAGCAUUCCCCUAAGGAGCAAAUCUGAGGGAACCUCACUUUUCCAAAGAGGGGGAAGUAGGGAAGAAAGGAACUAUGGAGAGAUGGAGCCAUCAGGAGAGUAGCCUAAGUAAAGAAGCUAAGUUAGGCGACUCUGAAAGAAAAAGAGAAUCCUGCACUGGCUCUUCUGUGGGCUGGGCUUAGGAAUGGUUUUAGCUGCUUUCGUCCUUCUGGCUGAGCUGAACCUCUGGGACCAUGAGUGUGGGCUUCAUUGGAGCUGGCCAACUGGCAUAUGCCCUGGCUAAAGGCUUCACCUCAGCAGGCAUCCUGGCUUCCCACAAGAUAAUGGCCAGCUCACCAGAUAUGGACCUGCCCACAGUCUCUGCACUCAGAAAGAUUGGUAUAAACCUGACCCCCAACAACAAGGAGACGGUGCAGCAUAGUGAUGUACUUUUCUUGGCUGUGAAACCUCAUAUCAUUCCCUUCAUCCUGGAUGAGAUUGGAGCUGAUAUUAAGGAGAGGCACAUCGUGGUUUCCUGUGCAGCCGGCGUUACAAUUAGCUCCGUUGAGAAGAAACUGACAACCUUCCAGCCAGCCCCUAAAGUCAUCCGCUGCAUGACCAAUACCCCUGUGGUAGUACAGGAGGGUGCCACAGUUUAUGCUACAGGAACCCAUGCCCAGGUGGAGGAUGGGAAGCUUUUGGAACAGCUAAUGAGCAGUGUGGGUUUCUGCACUGAAGUGGAAGAGGACCUGAUCGAUGCUGUCACUGGCCUCAGCGGUAGCGGGCCUGCCUAUGCAUUUACAGCUUUGGAUGCAUUGGCAGAUGGUGGGGUGAAGAUGGGACUCCCUCGGCGGCUGGCAGUCCGUCUGGGAGCCCAGGCUUUAUUGGGAGCUGCUAAGAUGCUCUUGGAAUCUGAACAGCACCCGGGACAGCUCAAGGACAAUGUCUGCUCCCCUGGAGGAGCCACCAUCCAUGCCUUGCACUUCUUAGAGAGUGGUGGCUUCCGCUCCCUCCUCAUCAAUGCUGUGGAGGCUUCCUGCAUUCGUACCCGAGAACUUCAGUCCAUGGCUGACAAAGAAAAGAUCUCUCCAGCUGCCAUCAAGAAAACUCUGCUGGAUAAAGUGAAGUUGGAUUCUCCUACAGAAUCCACAAAGUCAUCCUCUAGUUUCAUUAAGCUGCUAGCUCGAAGCCAGGCCCCUGGAGGCAAGAAAGAUUGAGGUGUCCCCUCUCUCUCUUCCCUCCAAUUUCUGCUUCCAGACUACAUAGGGAGAAACCAUUUCCAUGGAGCUGUUACAGUUAUGGAUUAAGUAUCAGGAAGCCCAUGUCCUGUGGUCCACAAUGUGGACAUAUCAGGGGUUUUUUUCCCUACAGAGGUCAACAUGGGGACUUUCCCCUACAAACUAGAAAGGUCAAACUUACGCCUCUUUCUCUUAAAAUUCUUAGGAUUUCCCUCUGACUUGUAGUUUCUGAACUCUCUAAUACAGAAGAGAAUAUUUAAUUCAUUCAGCCCUUUCCCCCCACUUCCCUCAUAGAAAUAACCUCUGCCAUUCCUCUCUCUGAAAGUUGACUGUUACUAGAGGGAUGCCAAGAGUGCUGAGCCCAGCACUGAUAGCUGAAUCUGGCACCUAGACAUAUUCUGCCCUAGAAGGAACAGUUCUGAAAGCCAAACAAUCCAUCUCUCUCCUUCCUCCCUAUUCCUCCCUAUUUCUGUUUUUUUUCCUUAAAUUUUAUUCUGAAUUUAAGAAACAAAACAAGCUUUCCAUA